UGUUCCGGGGCUGGUUCAGGAUUGGACAAAAGCUCUUUUUAGUGACAGUUAAAAAGCACAAGAAUUUCUCUCCAGCUGUGCCUAAAAGCCCUUAAUAUUUAGUGCUGUGAGUGCAGCAGAGUUAGUACCAGGAGAAAAACUCUAGGAUCCAGAACAUGGAGUUUGCUCGAGUUACGUACAUCAUGAUUGUUUUAACGUUAGACCUUCUUUCUGUCUCCUCAAGAAAUCCUGAGAAGAGGAAGGAAGGUGACCCCCUGCCAUCACCCGGGAAAUGCGAACCCAUUCGGAUUCCACUCUGCCAAGGCUUAUCCUACAGCCACACCGUGAUGCCUAACAUACUCGGCCACGCAAACCAGGAAGAUGCUGGACUGGAAAUCCAUCAGUUUUAUCCUCUGGUGAAAGUGCAGUGUUCCCCUGAACUCCAGAAGUUCCUGUGCUCUGUCUACAGCCCCGAGUGUGAGAACGGGACAGCCAAGCCUGUGUGCAGGACCACCUGCGAGACAGCUAAACUUGGCUGUGAACCGGUCAUGAAGAAGUUCGGCUUCAGCUGGCCAACUUUACUUGAGUGCGAAUCCUUCACCACCGAGCCUUGCGAACAGGACUUAACUGCUCCUGAAAUCCAAAAGAAACUGGUUCAAACAGGCCACACUGUUGGAGACCAAGUUUUGAGUCUUCAGACUGUUCGUGUCUUGGUGUCUCUGAAGGAUGAUGAAAGGUCAGGAAAACUGGACGAACCGAGAUAUCAGGAGCUGCAGAGUUACGUGUCUGCAGCCAAAAGAGAAUUUGAGGACUAUCAAAGAGCAAAAAACGGUGCAGUCAGUGCGAGUCAAAUGAAGAAUGCCCUCACAGCACAUGACCUGCGGCUAAAUGACCUGAAUUUCGGCCUGCUCUGGGACAGAUACAGCACUGCAGGACGGAUCAACUAUGACGACUUUGUGGCCCUUCUUGCAAGACUGGAGACCUUAAAGGAGCGCUUCAAGUCUCAUCGAAUGACAAAUUUGCCAUGUGACUGUGUGAUGGCCAGCUUUUCACUGGACGAUUUCAUCAGAGACACUCUGCUGUGAAGCGUUCUGUGCUCUGCUGUGGGGAACGGAUGCUUAGCUACACGUCCUGUGGUUCUGGAGCAUGAACACGCCAGGAACCACCAACAAUUUCACAAUAUCACCACAAGCCACCUUAUCUAGGUUAACCAUGUUCUGGAUUCACAGAAAACACAAGCCUUCCCAAAAAUAAUGUUUUUUAGUGACUAAAACAAAAAAAAAAAAUCCAGCAGUUUUAAAGACAGUUUUAUA